AUGUUCCAAGCGGACUUGCUGUUAGACCAGGCCACAGAAAAGGCUGUGGAGUCACGAAGAUCAGCAGAAGCAGCACGCAAGGCCCGGAUCUUCAACACCAGGCUGCGUGUGAUGGGCCUCGACACAGACGCCCUGAACCAGCAAGUCCAAGAAAAAAAGCAACAGCAGAACAUGGAGAGACAACGAGACAAAGCUUUUGAUACGUUGAGAAGGUAUCAAGAUGAAUCACUCCUGCAGCAAGACAUUAAUGACAAAGAGAAGAGAAAAGCAGUGCAUCAGGACCUGACCCAGUACUGGGCCACUCAGCAACGUGUGGAGGACUCAGAUGAUGCUGAUCUGAAGUGUGGCCUGAAGGGGGCAUUCAAGAUUACAGUUCCAGAGGGAGAACUUGGGCCUGCCAGCAUGCAAAUCUUCGAGGGAGAAGAUAUUGGAUUGGAUCAAAUGAAGAAAGAACAAAUGAAGAAGACAGAAAAAGAUCUGCGAGCACAGAUGGAGGGCAAUAAAAGAAGGCACAUGGGGGACAAGUAUAGAGAGAUGUUGGAGAACAGGCAGACGGUGCAUCAAGCCUUAAAGGAGGUUCAGCAGGCCACACUUAAAGAAGAGAGCAAGAAAGCCGAACGCACGGCGCUCAACAACUACAAUCAAGCUCUGGCAGCGGAGCGAGACGAAAACCUCAAGGAGCAACGCAGGACGGAGGAAAGGGAGAAAUUUGCAGAAAUGUGGCAUACAGUGACAUCUGACAUGAUGACUGAGAGAGCAGAGGCAGCAGAGGUAGAUGUGGGAGGAGGGAGGCCACCUCACAUUCUGCCUGACAGGUGGAAGGGGAUGAGCGCCGAGCAGCUGAGCGCCAUCCACAGGGAGCGAGAACAACAGCGUCUUGACAGACAGAGACAACUUAAUGCUGAAAAGAUUAGCAACGCGGCUUGGGACUUUCAGCUCCUGAAGAUGUCCAGAGAAGCAGAGGAGGAGGAGAGAAGAGCAGCAGAGCUGAGGAGGCAGCAGAGGGUUGAGAUGGACCGGGUCAAUCUGCAGCUGAUCAGAGAGCAGCAAGCACAUCAGAAGUAUCUGAAUAAGACGCUUUACACCAACAAACCCAGCAAGGAGUACUUUAAUCAGUUCAACACCAGCUCCCGCUGA